CAGGUAUAUAAGGCACAGUAGCCAGCAUCAGUGUACCAGUCUUCCUCACCACCUCUACGCCUUCAAGUCACCAACAUGUUCCACAAGGUCGUCGUAACGCUGCUGGUGGUGAGCGCGGCGGUGAUAUAUGCUGACGUGUACGAGCCAGUCUAUAAGCCGGAGCCGCUGCCCUACUACUUCAACUACAACGUGUACGACGACUACAAGGGCGCCAACUACGGCCAGCAGGAGAAGUCCGACGGUAAAGCUGUGUACGGCUCCUACACCGUUGACCUCCCCGACGGUCGCAAACAAAGGGUGGACUACACAGCUGACCACUACAAGGGCUACGUGGCCAAGGUCAGCUACUACGGCAAGGCUCAGCACCCUAAAUACUACGGCCCAGCUGUCACCUUCUUCAACCAAUACGGCAACGGCUACCACUGAGGACGAGACCAACCUAUCCAGAUGACCUGAUAUAUUUUUGUAUGGUAAAUGUGGAACGAAUAAACGAUUUUUCAUAAA